AUGCCGUCUACAUUAUUGAAUCAGUUACGAAUGAUGUUUCGUACGACAACAACUAAUCGUGAAUUAGCAUUAGCAAAUAAUUAUACAUAUGUUAAUGAAGAUAAAAUAUCACGAUCAUUAAUCUGUCCAAUAUGUUUAGAUCCUUUAAUUGAUCCACAAACACAUGUUGCAUGUGAAAAUUCAUUUUGUAAUCGUUGUAUAAGAAAACUACGGCAAUGUCCUUGUUGUCGAGCAUCGAUUGCAACUCCGAAUGAUCUGAAAAUCACAAGCCAUGUUUUAAGAAAUAUUCUCGAUGAACUGGAGGUUCAAUGUAAUGUUUGCAAAGAAGCACUAUGCCGAGGAAAUUUCGCCAUACAUAUUCGAAAUAAUUGUUUGAAAACUACUUUAAUCAGUCCUGAAGAUGAAGAAAAUCUAAUGAAUGUUUCAACGUCCACUGUAAAUAGUCCAACCACAAAUAAAACUCUAUUAGAUGAGCAACAAAUCGAAAAACAUUUAUCAAAUUUAUAUCGUCGUAUUCAUACACUGGAAAAUGAAUUAUUUGAAUUGAAAAAAACUUUAUAUAUUUGUUUAUUUGUUCUAUUAACAAUCACAACGUUAAUAUUCUUUGGGUCAAUUUUUUCAUAUGUUAUUGUCUCAUUUCUAUCAGUGUUCUUCACACAAUGGUUGCCAUCGUUUGUUGAAACAUUAACAAAAUUUCUAUUUGAUUUUUCUCCGUUAAUGACCUUAUUUCGAAUAGUAUUUAUUGGUAUAUAUUUUUUUCUCAUUUGUUAUAAACGUCAUCCAUCAGAUAUAAACCUGUUAACCAUAAUUAUCUGUUUGAUUAUUGUUGUAUUUAAUUUAUUGAUACUGGUUUUACAUUUAAUUAUAACACAUUUUAAUCUUUUAUUUCUUAUGUUCAUCAUGAUUACAUUGGGACGAUAUUUUCAUAUACAAUUACCAAAUAAUCAAGAGCUUCGUACUCUUUUCAAUCAUAUUCGAAAUCAAUAUCAACAAAGACGCUAA